AUGGCCACUAAUCAAGUUGAUUAUCAGUGGGCUUAUUCCAUUAUGGAUUCGUCUAGAGUAUCCACUUUCCUGAUUUCGAUUUUGCUAAUCGUUUAUGGAAGUUUUCGAUCUCUUAAUAUGGAACAAGAAGCGAGAGAAAGAGAGAAAGAAAAAGAGCGAAAAAAUUUGCUCAGUGGAAUAGUUAGUGGUACUGGUGGUGCCGAUAGUUCUGCUAGUUCUGGUGUACAAACUCUGGAUACCAUGCACGCUCUUUGUUUACCUCUUGGUGCUUCCAUAUCUCUACUUAUCAUGUUUUUCUUUUUUGAUAGUAUGCAAAUGCUGUUUGCUAUUUGCACAGCAAUUAUUGCGACGGUCGCACUAGCAUUUCUUCUUCUACCUAUGUGCCAGUAUAUCAUACGACCGUGUUCCGAUGGAAACAAAAUAUCAUUUGGAGUUUGCGGGAGGUUUACCAGUGCUGAGUUGUUAUCAUUCUCACUUAGUGUCAGUAUAGUAUGUAUUUGGGUAUUGACAGGACACUGGUUACUGAUGGACGCAAUGGGUAUGGGUUUAUGUGUCGCCUUCAUAGCAUUUGUAAGACUACCUAGUCUGAAGGUAUCUACACUGUUACUCACUGGAUUACUCAUUUACGACGUUUUCUGGGUUUUCUUUUCAUCUUAUAUAUUUAGUACAAACGUCAUGGUUAAGGUAGCCACUAGGCCAGCCGAUAAUCCCGUCGGACUCGUAGCAAGACGAUUACAUCUUGGUGGAGUUGCACGUGAAGCUCCUAAGCUUUCUUUACCUGGCAAACUGGUUUUCCCAUCAAUGCAUCAAGCCGGUCACUUCUCAAUGCUCGGUCUUGGUGACGUUGUUAUGCCUGGGCUUUUACUAUGCUUUGUCUUACGUUACGACGCUUAUAAAAAAAGCCAACUAAUUCCCGGUGGUUGUGAAGCUGGAGUACCACCUCCAAGACAUCUUGGUCGUAUCAGUUACUUCCACUGUUCACUCAUCGGUUAUUUUCUUGGUCUACUUACUGCCACUGUAAGCUCUGAGGUUUUUAAAGCUGCGCAGCCCGCAUUACUUUAUCUCGUACCGUUUACGCUUUUGCCGUUACUUACGAUGGCAUAUCUUAAGGGGGAUUUAAGAAGAAUGUGGAGUGAACCAUUUAUAACUCAUCCGCAAACAAAACACAUGGAUGUUUGA